CCAAUUUAAUCAUAUAUUUCCUAUUCUUCAUUAAUGGAAUAACUAUGCAAGAUUUUGAUCUUCAGUGGUUUAAAAAUGUCUACUGACGACAUUACUGACAUCCACAUUUGUGGUGCAUGUCGCACAGAGUUCCAUAAUGUGGAUCUCUUUCUGCUCCACAAGCGGCUCUCUUGCCCAGCUGUGCUGCAGUCAGCAGUGACCAGUACUGUACCAAGUCAAAAGGAUGGAACAACAGUGGCUCGCAGCAACAACCUUAGUCAAUCACAGAUUUCUGUGUCCAAAGGAAGUCAUUCAAUGGUUACAACGUCACUAGGUUCAAACAUGGGUAUUCAGGUUCAAUCUCCAGGGCUGACAGUAGUGCAAGAUGCCACAAUGGAAACGCCACACCCUGGAGAGCGGGGAGGGGUCGCAUCUUCCUUCAUGAUAACUCCACCACAGGGUCACGAGUACAUACAAACCAAUCAGAGGCCGGCAAUCAUCCAGACAACCAAUCAAAACAAACCGGAGUCUCAGAUCAUCCUGACAAUGAAGGGGGAGCUGCUUGUCUUACAACCCAAUCCACCUGAUGGGACGGAACAAAAUGAGGCUGAAAUUGGUCAACAAAAUCAGGCCAUGCUUAACUUCAUACAGUACCUCCGCACCAACUGUGGCAGCACGACAAAUGGUCCAGUCCUGCCUAGUCUCUUGGCUAAUACGGAGGGAAUAGCUUGCCCAACCAGUGCUCCGAUAGAAGAACUUGGCCAAAAUGGCUCUAUAUCUGUUAUGUCAACUCCAGUCAGUCAGCCUUUAACAGUAUGUCCAUCUGAUCUACAUCAUGAAAACUUACUAGAACAGUCAAAUCAAAGAAGUUUGAUGGAAAAUCCCCCACAAGUGACUUUUGACACAGCUAGUCAGUUAGAAGGGAGUGACCCAAGCAAUUCUGUGAUUCCUGCACAAGAUUUGGCACAACAAGCUGCCAGGUUAUCUGGAGUGGUGGAGAGUGACCUCCAAACUGUUUCUAUGGAGACUGAUGCCCAACAGAGUGACCUUGACACUGUACAAUACUCUGUAAAUGUUGUAAACAUUACACAGUCUACGAACCCUGAAGGUGUUAGACAAGUAAUUCAGAUACCAGAAUCCAACGUCAAGGAUGAGAAUGUUGUUUUCUCUGAUAGCAUAGGACAACUUUUACAAGAAAGUAAAAAGUUAAAAAAAUUUAGUGGCAAGACUGUUAUUGCAAGGGGAGCUAAAGCUCAUUGUUCUAGCAAGAAUUCAUCCCGAUCUUCGUCAUUGUCAAAGUUGUCAGGAUCUCCAAGUAAAUCUCCAGGAACUCCACGCAAGGUCAGGACUCCACCUGUGAAAAAGUUCAAAUGCCAUCAUGAUGAUAAAUGCACUUUCUCAUCAGCAUACUUGAAAGAUCUGGAGCGUCACUUCAGGACACAUACUGGGGAGAAACCAUUUUCUUGUAAAUACUGUGACCGGUCAUUCAGUAGGGUGGACAAACUGCACCUUCAUAUGAGGGCUCAUACUGGAGACAAACCUUACAAAUGCAAAUUUUGUAACUACAGUGCUGUGGACAACAGCAGUCUACGCAAACAUGCUAUUGUUCAUACAGAUGAGAGACCUCACAAGUGUCAGGUGUGCCCCUAUGCCUGCCGCACGGCCAGUCAGCUAACUGUUCACCUACGUACACACACUGGUGACAGUCCUUUUCCGUGUCCAUUCUGCCCCGCCAAAUUCAAGAUCAAGUCAGACCUGCGUCGUCAUCUGAGGGUACACACAGGAGAGAAGCCCUACCAGUGUGAUAAGUGUGAUGCCAGGUGUGCCACAAAAGGAAAUCUGGCCAGCCAUAACCGUGUUCACCACUCUUCUGAAAAUCAGAUGAAGUGUACAGUAUGUGAUUUCUCCACCUCAUCAAAGAGAAGCUAUAAAGAACAUAUCAAAAGUCAUGAACCUGAUGACCCAGAUUGUGUGUGCCAUGUAUGUCAAUACAAGUGUUCCAAUAGAGAGGUGCUUCGCAGUCAUCUUUCUCGCCACGAGAAGGAAAAGAAUUACAACUGUAUGCACUGUUACUUUUCAACCAACUAUAAGGCGAAGUUGACCCUCCAUAUAAAACGUAGGCAUAUGCAAAUUGAGCCAAAAGUCACUAAUACAAAAGGAAGACAAGCAAAGUCAUCAGAGGUUAAGGUGUCUGGUUCAUUGGGGAAAUUUUCAAAGGCAUUUACCUGCCAUCUGUGUCCAGAAUCAUUUGUUAGAAAAGAUUCCCUGCGAAGUCAUAUACGGCUACAUGAAGAAAUGGCCAAUUCAACACUCACAACAGCUUUGACAGUGUUAAAACUACAGCAGCCUGUUAUCAAUGUUUCAACAUCUGGAAGUGGUCAGUAUAAAGUUGCUCCAGUAAAUGUUGAUGGGAUACUGGACACAAGAGAUGGAAACUCUGUUAGGCUUUCCAAAGGUCAAGAACAGGUUGUGACACAAUAUGAAGGCGAUCAUACCACUAUUGCAUCUGUAGUUAGUGCUGAUAAUGACAUAGAAAUUGAGAAAGGAAGAUAUGGGAACAGGACAAGUAAAAAACAUUCACAGUCAAGGGAAGGACAUUGUGAAGGUGCAAAUGAGCUCAUUCAUGGACAGGAUAGACUCCAGAGGGAGGAACUGCAUCAGCAGGGUAUGGAGAUGAUAAAUCUGCAGACUGAUGCACCAGAGCUAAGUCAGAUUGUAUCUCCAAGUUACAAUAACACAUCUUCUCCAAGGGUUCAAACAUCUAUGGAUUCAUCUGUAGUUACAUUGGAUAUGCGUACCCUGUCAUCAGAUGAUAUAACCAUUGUUGAACCUCAAGGCAUUGCUGAAGCAAGGAAAAUGUUGCUCCAUCGACAAGGUCACAAUCAUCAGUUAAGGACCACACAGGAAAAAAGUGAUGACUUACCAUCUCAAAAUUUGUAUCGACAGUUAGGGGCUUCAGAGAUACCAUGUGAUGUACAAGUAAGAAAUGUUAGUGAAUCAACAGACUUAUAUUGUUCCAGUAGUGAUGUUACAAAAAAACAGUUAUUGGAAAGGAAAAACUGUGAUUCAAACAAUGACAGAUACCAGAGUGAGAUUUAUAGCACCUCCUCACCAGAACAGAACAGUUCAGGGGGAGGUAAUCCAUUGGAGACUACUACUGAUGAUACUAGACAUGUUAUACAGACUGUGACAGAGUGUCCAGAGGUGUCAAUGUCUGACCAUGUCCAGUUUCAACCUCAGAUGGUUCCUAGUAUACAGUUUGUCCAGAAUAUCUCUUUCCCUGUAAUUCGUCAUCCUUCUAGCUUAAUCAUCCCUUCGGUUAAUGGUCAAACUAUUGUAGGAGGAACCAUACAGCAAGGGGACAUAACCACUCUUCCACAAGGGGAAGUAACUGCCAUGCAACAAGGAAAUCUAACUUCAAUCCAGCAAGGUGAUGGAACCUCUUUGCAACAAGACUUGAGUUCUUUUCAAGGUAUAGCCACUGUACAAGGGGACAUAACCUCAAUAUCAAAUGUUCAACCAAGGGGUAUAAUUACCCAACAGCAGGAUGACAUAACUAGCGAACAGGGAAGGGAUAUAAACACCCUGCAGCAAAGAGAGGCAACAAAUACUCUGUCUCUCAAUGCCCAGUUGCAGGACGGCGACACACAUUUAACCUUACCGAUACAAAUAUUGCCACAACAGAAUCAGAAUUUCCAGAUGAUAGGUGUCUCACAGUUACUAAACACAACUUCAAACGGUGUUCAGAUUCUUCUACCUAGGUCUCUUGACAACUAUAAUGCUGCAGAUGAGAAUGUUGUGGCCAGUUCUAUUACACCAUUAGAAAAUCCAGCAAUAUCCUGUACACUGAAUCCAAUGGAUGAAUCAUCUAGUAUAAGAAUUGGUCAACAGUCAUUUGUUAGAAGUAACAAGCUAUCGAAAGUUACUACAGGACAAGUCAAAGUAGCUUCAGACCAGACUGUAACCGGCAGCAGUGGAGAAAGUGUGGACAGCUUGAUUGGUCAUCAGGUCAAUGGCCAAAAGGGAGUGGUCAUUCCCAUGUCUCCUGUCAUACAGCAGAAAGUACAGACAGGUGGUCUCAUUUCUACAACACCUUUAUUACCACAGAUUCAACAGACAGGAAAUCUUGUCUCCACCUUGCCAGUGGUUUCACAAAAACAGCCAACUAGAAAUCUUGUCUCCUCCUUGCCAAUGGUUUCACAAGCACAGCAGAAAGGAAAUUUCGUCACCUCCUUGCCUGUAGUGUCACAGACACAACAAACAGAACAUCUGGCCUCCCCUGUGACUGAUGGUCAGGACCUGGUCUCAAUACCAGUGAGUUUAAUCCAAGUUCCACAGAUAGAAACAAGUCAGUCAUUACCAGACCAGCACACAAAAAUGGGCAGCUGUUGAAUAUAUCGCUUGGAAUUAAAUUGGUGUUAAAGGAUGAUGAGAUUGGAUUUGUGUCCAUUCUUAAUAGAGAGUUGUGUGUUUGGAAGGAGACUGUCAGAUAGAAAGCUGGAGACAUUUCAUCUCUACACCCUAGUGGUAAACGUUAAAAUGACUCUCAUAUAGAACAACAUUGAGCUGAUUACCAGGAGUAAUAACAGGCUAAUAACUGAAAAUAUGUAAAGGUUUUACUGUUCAUAGGAUACUUUGGUGCUACAGAUUGUUGACAACUACACAUAUAGAUAACUGGAUGUUAAACAGUUCUUUUUACAAGUAAAUAAAAGUUGUGCUAUAUUACUGUAAAUAUUUUUGUUUUUCAAUGUGUAUAAAAAGUUGUACUUCUAAUUUAACUACAUUAAUCUCUGUCAGUGUAUGUAUGUCUGAAACAGACAUUUUUGUAGCAUGUUAUUUAUUAUUUAAGGAGGUAUUGCUAUAGUAUAAUUAUUUUUGUAAACACCAUACUACUGUCACAGGUAUUGUUUGUCAAGUUAUCUAAACAAGUGACUUUGUAUGGAAUUUACUAAACAUGUUCCGUUGCUCGCUAGAAUACAACUACCUUGAAAUUUUACAUGUUUAAUUAAUUAAUUUAUUUGGGUUUUUUUAUCUUUUGAAUUUUUUUUUAAUGUUUUGAAAACAUUUAGAAUGAAUUGGUGCAAAUUUGAAAAGAAAGAAGUUAUUUCAUGUUAUAUGAAAUUUUGUUUAAUUGUACAUAUAGGUGAUUAUGAAAUUUAAUUUUGUUUUGAAACUGGGUGCAAAGGUCACUGUACAGUGCUGUCAGCCAGGUAAAAAUUGUCUCGUCAGUAAUGCUCGAGGCUUUGAAGUUGUCAUGAUCAGUGUUCAAGAAGAAUUGUUGAAUAAAGUCACCUUGAUCUGUUUAAGAAAACUUGAUUUGCCAUCAAGUUGAUUGGUGAUUGUUCAUAGAUACGAUUGAAAAUUUGUACAUUGAGUUGGCUGGAGAAACAUAAUUUAUGACAAGCUAUCAAACUUGGUAGGAUUUAAAAUUUUAUCCUGUGGCAAACAUUUAAACAUAGGACUUAAAAAUUGAUAAUUCAAACCAGUUAUUUAAUAUGAAAACAUUUGACACAUCAUAUUAGCUGCAUUUUGUGCAGUUAGAGGCCAGAGGGACAUGAAAUUCUGCCUAAAAAUGUGUGCCAUACAUUAAUCUAGGUUUAUCAUUUACUCCUAUUUGGGUCUUGAUGUGUUACAAUGUCAGUUAGAUGACAUAAUUGCUAAAAAUUUUCAGCUGUUGUGAAGUAGCCCCUUCACUUAGAAUUGGUGCUUUUUUUAGAAUUCCGAUUAAUUCAUCAUAGAAAACAAAUGUAUUUUAUGUGCAAUCCCUAAUUUUCAAAAGAAAAUAAUGUACUGUAUUCUGUUUCAAUAAAACCUGACUUAAUCAAACUUGUAGGGACCAUGUCACUACUUCAAGGAAUAGGGGUAUUUGAGUUAUUGGAGGUUGAUCAAAAGAUCAUCAGUAAGGACCAUUUGAAUGUCCACUGUCUGUGAAUGACAUAUUCAAUACUCUAAUUUGAUCAGGUGACUAAUUUCAUUGUACUUAUUGGUGUGUGACCUGCACUAAAUAUCUAAAUUUUAUCUCUAAAACUUUGUUUCUGUAGCCGCAGCAGGUGAACAUCAAUUAUUGACUGCCUAGUUCUUUCCGAUUCAUAAACAGCCAAAAACUUAUAGUGGACUGUUCUCUGUGUAGACUUUCCCAGGAGUAAUUCAGUACCUGUGUCAAAAGUGGAGAGCGAAUUUUAUAUCUGUAUUCAGUAAUCAAUCUACACUUUAUUUUCAUGGGUCCUUUUUAACUUAAUUGCUAAAAACAGUGGGUCCCAUUUUGUGAAAUUAAAGUUUUUCCAGAAAUUCUAGAGCCCCAUUAAAAUUCUGAGUACAGGACUGUGGACUAGUGUAGAUUGAUUACUGAAAAUGAUGGUUAUGUUGAUUAUUUCUAAAUUCUUUUUAUCAAAGAAUGAUUUUGCUUACUAUAAAAAAACCAUGAACAAUAUACAAUAAAAAAUAAAUGAUUUUGACUUUCA